CAAUCAAGUUAGCUACGGUGCAGGCACAGAGCGAAAAAUGUAAACAUUAGCUACUUUCAUUGCUAGUCCUAAAAAUGGCUACAGCAAAGUUUGGCAGUAUUCCCGACGCAGACAUCGACCCUAAUGGUGUGUUUAAGUACGUGCUUAUUCGGGUUCACGAUACAGAAGAUGACAGCAGUAAAGAUAUCGUACGAGGAUACGCAUGGGCCGAAUACCACGCGGACAUAUAUGACAAAGUGUCGGGGGAAUUGGAAAGAGCAGGCGGUGUAGACUGUGAGUGUCUUGGAGGAGGCAGAAUCAAACACGACAGCCAGGCCAAGAAAAUUCAUGUUUAUGGAUACUCAAUGGGUUUUGGCAAAGCGAACCACUCCGUCUCCACAGAGAAGCUGCAGGCACGUUACCCAGACUAUGAGGUGACAUGGGCAGAUGAAGGCUAUUGAUGGACACACUCCUCUGUGACCAGCAUUCGUCAAGACUGUGGCUCUUCUUUGACCUCCAGUACAGAACAGAUUUGAAUGCCAUGGUUGGAGAACUUAGCAUUUGUUUUUGGCAUUGCCUGUACCCAGAGGAUGCAGAUGGAAUUUCAACCAAUUGACAUUUCUGUUUUUGGAAUAAUAUAGGCUAUCUAGUGCAUCACCUCGUUACUUUAUGUGCUUAUGCAUAACAUCUGGAUUCUGGACCUCCUGAAGAUUGUAUCUGGGCACCACUCCGCUAAAAUUGUAAUGUUUUCUUUUUUUCCACCCGUGGUUGUCUCAUGUCGGAAGUGCUAUUUGUAUGCAUAUGAAGCCUAGGUGUAUUUGCAGGUACACUGAUUCCUAAGACAAGGUUAAGUAAUAAGGUGAAUGAUGUUAAAGGAAACUUGAAAAAUAAAUAAUUGGUAUGUAACGGAAGAACAUG